AUGUCCUCCACCCAGCAGCAGCAGCACGACGAACCCGCCUUCCGUGACGUCUAUUCACACCCCGCUGCCGUCGCCUACGCCGCCGCCCACCCGCGCCGCACCAUCCCCAGAUUCGGCCCCUACCUCCUCCUCCAGACCCUCGGAGAGGGCGAGUUCGGCAAGGUCAAGCUGGGGCUGCAUCAGCAGUGGGGAGAGGAGGUCGCUGUCAAGCUCAUUCGGCGCGGGAACAUUGACUCUUCGGUGCGCAUGGCCAAGGUCGAGCGCGAGAUCGAGGUUCUUAGGACGCUCAAGCACCCCAACAUCGUCCGUCUGUACGACGUGAUCGAGACGGACAAGUACAUCGGCAUUAUCCUCGAGUACGCGUCCGGUGGCGAGCUCUUUGACCAUAUCCUCGCGCAUCGCUACCUCAAGGAAAAGGACGCUGCGAAGCUCUUUGCCCAGCUCGUCUCGGGCGUGUGGUACAUCCACCAGAAGAAGAUCGUCCACCGCGACCUCAAGCUCGAGAAUCUCCUUCUUGACCGGCACCGCAACGUGAUCAUCACCGACUUUGGCUUCGCCAACCGGUUCGAGCACCGCGCGGACGACCUCAUGCAGACCUCGUGCGGCUCGCCGUGCUACGCCGCGCCCGAGCUCGUCAUCUCCGAGGGACUCUACGUCGGCUCCGCGGUCGACAUCUGGUCGUGCGGUGUUAUAUUGUACGCGAUGCUCGCGGGGUACCUGCCGUUCGACGACGACCCGGCGAACCCGGACGGGGACAACAUCAACCUGUUGUACAAGUACAUCGUGAACACGCCGCUGUCGUUUCCCGAGCACGUGUCG